AUGGUCGAGAGCGCAGCCGUUCGUGAUAUCUCAGAGGCAUCCGUCUUCCCUGAAUACACGGUGCCUAAGCUAUACAUCAAGGUCGUCUACUGCGUCUCGUGUGCCAUUCACGCUCACAUCGUUCGUGUACGCUCUCGUGAAGGUCGUCGCAACCGUGCCCCACCACCACGUCCUCGCUACAAGGAUGGCAAGAGACUCAACCCGGUUGUUGCCGCUGCGGAAGAUGCGAAGCAAGCUGCUGCCCGAGCAAAUCCCUCUGCUGCUGCCGCAUGA